GGCUGGUUGAAUGUCACAGGCGUAGCGUAUAGGCCAGCAUCAGAAAGACUCAGUGCUACGGUGAAAUGAAACUGGCUGACUGGGUGAACUCGUGUGCUAGUGUUUUGCUUAUACUGGGUGGGCGGAGUUCGGUUGCCGUGCACUACCGUAGCAGUGACACGACGGGUGCACCACAUCAGCCGUACUGGUGCUGCCCGUCGUGCAAGGCGGAGGUGACGAAAAAGAGCGUGUCUCCCCCUCAACUCUGGUGUGUUCGAGACUGGGUUCCACCUGAGGGAGGACUGUAUUGCUGCGUGUAAACCUCGGAAGAGACUGUUCAACCCGCAGUGCCUCGGAGGUGUCGGUCGGCAAGUCAGUACGCCAAAAACAAGAGUCGCAUUCUGCUGCAAUUGCUGGUGUCUCAGGCAUACUCUCAGUAGACUGAAAUCGGGAGGUACGUUGCGCCUUGAGCAUUGAAAUAACAGUUGGAUCGCACACGCCCUUGCCUGUUUUGUUUUUUUUUGCUUGGGAAAUGGAGAUUAAAGAUGUUCCAGUCUAAUAUGCUAUCGGAUUGCAGAAGGGUGCAGUGGCACUGAUGCCAGCCGCUCUUACUGCUGCGCGGCGUGGGAGUCCGUGAACCAGCACGUCGGUUCAGGAUCAUGCCUCUGGCGUGAUUUUGCAUCUGUAUCGUUUGACUAGUCGCUUGAAGUCGCAGGUGGGGGAUCAGCCAUUUCUAAGGAUUGUUUGACAUUCCCGCACCUUACCAGUGUAUGCCGAAAUUCUAAUGAUUCCCUGCAUUGAUAUUUUUGCUUAGCCUGCGUAAAAUGGGGAAUAGUUUUUCUAACAUCGCUGCAUUUCAGUCCUUGCACAUCGUGAUGCUAGGACUGGAUUCUGCGGGUAAAACUACUGUUCUUUAUCGGCUCAAGUUCAAUGAAUUUGUCAACACUGUUCCCACCAUCGGAUUCAACACCGAAAAGAUCAAACUGAGCAAUGGCACCGCCAAAGGUAUCAGUUGUCACUUUUGGGAUGUCGGUGGCCAGGAGAAGUUACGACCUCUGUGGAAGUCUUACAGUCGGUGCACGGAUGGUAUCAUCUAUGUUGUGGACUCCGUGGACGUGGAUAGACUGGAGGAGGCGAAAACGGAGCUGCACAAAAUCACCAAAUUCGCAGAAAAUCAGGGGACUCCUCUCCUGGUGAUUGCCAAUAAACAGGAUUUGCCCAAAUCUCUUCCUGUUUCUGAGAUUGAGAAACACCUGGCUCUCCACGAGCUCAGCCCGGCCACCACAUACCACGUCCAACCCGCAUGCGCCAUAAUUGGCGAGGGUCUUCAUGAGGGCAUGGACAAACUGUAUGAAAUGAUCGUGAAACGGAGAAAAACUUUGAAGCAGAAGAAAAAACGAUAAUGGAUCAAUAAUGGCGAUAUGAUAUCAAUAGAAAAAAAAACAUUUCACAUCACUGCUGCUUGAGUGUUUGGCCAGAAAUGAAGAGAUUUCGUGUGUGCAGUGAUUGAGUUUUUAUAAUUAUAAUUAUUCAAGAUUUAUCCUAAUUAUUGCUGGUCUGUUGCAAGUUAAGAGAAUGGAAGAUAAAUGCUGUUGUCAGCUACCUUUAGUUAAGUAAGAUGUGAAAAAGAAACUGGCAUCUAGUCAUUCACAAUCAAAAAAGUAAACAGGCUGGUUCCUGUUUGUUGCUGCUUGCCGAUGUCAAAAAGUAGGUGUUAUGGUUAGUAGGCUGUUUGGAUGGGGAUAGCUUUGAGGCAUCCCUGGAGAGAGACCAUAUAACACACGGCUUCCCUAGUAGAAGCUGUCUCAUGACAGUGAUCUGCUGUUAGUGUUUUGAUUUGUGCUGUCAAUUCAUUAAAAAAGUUAACUUAUUAAUCGCACAAUUUGCUGUGAUUAAUCACUUUUUUUCUCUUGAUAAGCGGAAGCUUGUAAUCAUGGAUACUUAAAUGUAAAAUAAUGUAGAAUCAACACAAAAGAGGUAUAUUUACAUUAAAAUAAUAUUGUUUAAUAGCAACUUUUUAACUUUGAACACAGAUUCUCUCCUGUGAACGGCAGGCUUCCAAUACAACUGUCAAGGCCAUCAAAACUGACUGUCAGCUUGAAGGGCAUAUUUGUUAUGUGUAAAACAUAAAGUGUGAAGGGACUUUUAUUUUGAAAUGUGGAUUGAGAUGAAGAUGCAGAGAGACUAUUAUAAAUGUAUUAUUAUUAUUUUUUGUUUUGUUUUUUGAGGGGGGGGGGGGGUAUUUGGCGGGAGCUAGCGACUAGGUCAGCUGGUCGGUAGUUAGAACAUGGUGUGCAGCCUGUUGGGUUAGUUUUAAGUUGAAGUGCUCAGUAAAUUUGCAAGAUUGUGAAUUCCAAUGAGCUCCGUGUCAGGUGUAUGUUGGCCGCCCCCAGAUAUAUGAACCAUGCCAUGCACUAACAGAAAUAACAACAAAACCCAGGCAGCUGCGACGAUAAUUGCAUUCAUUUUUUUAACGCGUGAAAUAUUUGAAAUUAAUCACAAAAAUGAACGCGUUCAUUUUGACAGCACUCAUUUUGUGUUCCUUUAAGUGAUAUGCAAAGGAUCUGUAUGUAGUACAGUUUGUAGUUUGCUGACUCCCUCUCUCUCUCUCUCUCUCUCCCUCUCUCUCUAUCUCUCUCUCUCUCUCUCCCUCUCUCUCUCUCCUCUCCCUCUCUCUCUCUCUCUCCCUCUCUCUCUCUCCCUCUCUCCCAUAAUGUACGUCAUGUCUACUGAUGGCUGAGUGGUUAGUUCCCAGAUAGCUGGUGAUACUCUAACUGAUCCGGCUCUGAUCUGGCUGGGAUCUGGCUUGGAUCCGGCAUGUUCCAGGCCAGACUAUGGCUCCAGAGUCAGCUACUAGCAGGCUUUUGCCUUUUUCAUUUUUCCAUGACUGUAAUCACAUCCUCUCUUCUACUGUAAAUGCCUUUUGGGGUGAAGAGGACUGAAGUGGGGAAGGUUGCCAUAUCUAUUUCAUGUUUAAGAUGGUCCUUUAAGUUCUGAAAACGCAUCGGAGCACUUUCCAGACAGAUGUUGUCUCUAGUACACCUUAUGAUUUCAAGUUGGACUGCUCAUGCACACGAAACCAAAAAAAAAAAAGCGAAAGUAAAGGUCUUAAAUUUUUCUAUAUGAAAGUGUUUGCAGUAAGAGUGUGCGAUGCUGAUACUGCUCCAUAAGUGAAUAUUGCACCUGGGUAUUGUUCUAAAAUGAUGUAGAAGCAAAUGAAAUAAAAGAUGAUUCAACUUUA